CGUGGAUGGGGGCGGGGGGCGUCGCGGCGCUAGGGCCCGGGUCCCUGAGGCCGGAGGGAAACGAAGUGGGGCUCUUCCGGGCGGGCGACGAGACUGACUCCCGCCCCGCUUUCUCGCGCAGGACGAGUCGGUGGCGCGCGAUGUGCAGCGGUUGCUAGUGCAGUUCCAGGAUGAGGGCGGGCAGCUGCUGGGCUCCCCGUUCGACGUGCCCGUGGACAUCACCCCGGACAGGCUGCAGCUCGUGUGCAACGCGCUACUGGCCCAGGAGGAUCCCCUGCCACUGGCUUUCUUUGUCCACGAUGCUGAGAUCGUCUCCUCACUGGGGAAGACGUUGGAGUCCCAGGCAGUGGAGACUGAGAAGGUCCUAGACAUCAUCUACCAGCCACAGGCUGUCUUCAGAGUCCGGGCCGUGACUCGCUGCACCAGCUCCUUGGAUGGUCACAGUGAGGCAGUCAUUUCUGUGGCCUUCAGCCCCACGGGAAAGUAAGGACAGCUGCAGACUCAUGGAGGGGGUACCUGGCCAGUGGCUCUGGUGACACCACCGUGCGUUUCUGGGAUCUCAGCACAGAGACACCACAUUUCACAUGCAAGGGACACAGACACUGGGUCCUUAGUAUAUCGUGGUCUCCAGAUGGCAAGAAGCUGGCCUCAGGCUGCAAGAAUGGCCAGAUUCUCCUCUGGGACCCAAGCACAGGGAAGCAGGUGGGCAGGACCCUCGCUGGCCACGGCAAGUGGAUCACAGGCCUGAGCUGGGAGCCCCUCCAUGCGAACCCUGAGUGCCGCUAUGUGGCCAGCAGCUCCAAGGAUGGCAGUGUGCGGAUCUGGGACACAACUGCAGGCCGCUGCGAGCGCAUCCUCACCGGGCACACCCAGUCGGUCACCUGUCUCCGGUGGGGAGGGGACGGGCUUCUCUACUCUGCCUCCCAGGACCGCACCAUCAAAGUCUGGAGGGCUCAUGACGGUGUGCUGUGCCGGACUCUGCAAGGCCACGGCCACUGGGUGAACACCAUGGCCCUCAGCACUGACUAUGCCCUGCGCACCGGGGCCUUUGAACCUGCUGAGGCCUCAGUUAAUGCCCAAGACCUCCAAGGAUCCUUGCAGGAGUUGAAGGAGAGGGCUCUGAGCCGAUACAACCUCGUGCGGGGCCACGGUCCAGAGAGGCUGGUGUCUGGCUCAGAUGACUUCACCUUAUUCCUGUGGUCCCCAGCAGAGGACAAAAAGCCUCUCACUCGGAUGACAGGACACCAAGCUCUCAUCAACCAGGUGCUCUUCUCUCCUGACUCCCGCAUCGUGGCUAGUGCCUCCUUCGACAAGUCCAUCAAGCUGUGGGAUGGCAGGAUGGGCAAGUACCUGGCUUCCCUACGCGGCCACGUGGCUGCCGUUUACCAGAUUGCGUGGUCAGCUGACAGCCGGCUCCUGGUCAGCGGCAGCAGUGACAGCACACUGAAGGUGUGGGAUGUGAAGGCCCAGAAGCUGGCCAUGGACCUGCCCGGCCACGCGGAUGAGGUAUAUGCUGUUGACUGGAGUCCAGAUGGCCAGAGAGUGGCAAGUGGUGGGAAGGACAAAUGCCUCCGGAUAUGGAGGAGAUGAGAAGGCCUGCAGUUCUCUCUGACCCCCACCUGGACUCGGCCUCUGCCAGCCGCCUUUCCUUCCAGAGAACAAAGACUCGGGUGGCAGCGCACACACCCUUCCCACCAGUGGGGACCUGAGAAUGCGCGUGGCCUGCUGUCCUCGACAGACCCGAGUGGGGUCUUCCCACAGAUCCCCUGCUUGUGGCACACCCCAGAGCCAGAAAUCGAAGGUCACAGGAAGUUGUCACCGAACUUGGCCUGUGUCUGCUACUCUAUACCUUACUGGUACAGACGGGGGUGGUGGGCGGCCAGGCUCUGUGAGUGGGCUGCUAGUGUCAACUCUGUACAGGGUCAGACCCCAGGUUCUAUGACCAAAUAAAUAACUUAUGUUUUGUGUGUUGGGUUCUAAUUCCUUGUCCUAGAAUCCCCAGAACUCAAUCAAGGACUGUGCUAAAUCAGAUUGUCCAGCCCCCUCCCUUGCACUGGACUACGCCAAAACCACACUGACCAGGCACUUGCCUUCCCUGUCUUCCCCCGUGUCGGUAAGAGAGAGGCCAGUCGUGAUCGUGGCCAAGGAGAAUCUAGGGCUGUAUUGUUGUCCACUGCAGUAGGCACCGGCCAUAUGUGGCUGCUGGCAUGAAAUAGAAGUGCAGUUCCUCUGCCACACGGGGUAAGGCCUCCAGUAUUGGAUAGCACACGGAAAGGUUUUCGUCAUUAAGAGGGUUCUGCUGGCCAGCCCUGCUCUAGGGGACACCUCUGCCUUCCCGUAGCACACUGCCUGAGGCCCUGCCAGGCACCAAGCACUUCCCUGGGCCCUCAGGAUAGAGCGGGGAAGGUGAUGGUUCUUCCAGAGGAUUCCCUCAGAUGGGGAGGCAGCAGUAAGCUCUGAGCCCAAGUGGGUAUGGUUGAUAACAGAGGAUAGUUCUCUGCCACAUGAGAACUUUCAAGUAAUGAAAGGAAUUCCCAUCAGGACUCAGACCGCAGGCCGAGAUCUUGCCCUGCAUGCACCCUGCCUCCGCUUUCUCCUGCAUCCCAUGCUAAGCUGGGUCAUGGUAUGAACUACUCAGAUUGGAUUUCCAAACCAUCCUUGUAUAAACUGCUCAGAACUAG